CUUAGGCCAUGUGCGUCCACGAACCCACCUACUCAAUUUGAAUUAAUUAAUGGUAAUGAUCCAUCCCCCAUGUGAGGGCAAGAAGAGUUUUAAAAACUUGUCACCCCAGAGAAAGACAUUUUCAAAAAGCUUUCAUACUUCCUUACCUGAGCUAUCUGAGCUAUCUACGAACCUUGGAAUAUUACUUCAUCCAAUUCCCUUGCAAAGAAAAGAAGAGAAAAAUGGCUGGAGCUUUGAUCGGAGAGGCCUUUAUUUCUGCUUCCAUCCAGGUGAUUUGUGACAGAAUUGCCUCACCCGAGUUCAUUGAUUUAUUUCGGCACAAGAAACUCGAUCAACCUCUCCUCAUGAAACUGAAGAGGACCCUUUUGACCUUGAACGCAGUGCUCGAUGAUGCAGAGGAGAAGCAAAUUGAGAAACCAGCUGUGAGAGAGUGGCUUGACGACCUCAAACAUGCAGUCUUUGAUGCUGAGGACUUGCUGGGGGAGAUCAACUAUGAAGCAUUGCGAUGCAAGCUGGAAGGUGAAGCUGAAACAGCCGACAAAUUUACCAACAAGGUGUGGAACUUCCUCCCUACUUCUCGUAAUAAGUUUUAUCAAAGCAUGAAUGUUAAGAUACAGGAGUUGUUACGAAAACUAGAAGACUUUGUACAACUGAAAGGUGCUCUUGGUUUGACAGAAGUUGUUGGGAGGAAGUUUUCACAAAGAACUCCAACAACUUCCUUGAUUCAUGAACCUUAUGUAUAUGGUAGAAAUGAAGUCAAAGAAAAUUUAUCAAAAGUGUUGUUCUCUGAUGAUGCAAGCAAGGAUGAUGUGUCUGUCAUCACCAUUGUUGGAAUGGGUGGGGUUGGCAAGACAACCCUUGCUCGAAUGCUUUACAAUGACGACAGGGUGAAAGAGCAUUUUACAUUUAAAGCUUGGGCUUGUGUUUCAGAAGAUUACGAUGCUAUUAGGGCAACUAAAACUCUUCUCGAGUCAGUCACUUCAAAACCUUGUAAUACGACAGAUCUCAAUUUGCUUCAAGUUGAACUAAGAGAACAACUGAGGGGGAAGAAAUUUUUGUUUGUAUUGGAUGACCUUUGGAAUGAGAAAUAUACUGAUUGGAACUGCCUCCAAACUCCUUUUACUUCAGGGGCAAGGGGAAGUAAAGUCAUCGUAACAACACGGAACAAAAAUGUAGCAUCUUUCAUGCAAAAUGUUCCCACUCAACCCUUGGAACCAUUGUCGCAUGAAGAUUGUUGGUCAUUACUUGCAAAACAUGCGUUUGGAAAUGUAAACUGUAGUGCAUAUCCAAGCUUGGAAGAAAUCGGCAAGAAAAUUGCACGAAAGUGCAAUGGGUUGCCUUUAGCUGCACAAACACUUGGCGGUUUGUUACGUUCCAGGCUGGACUCUGAGGUAUGGAACAGAGUACUAAACAACAGCAUUUGGGAUUUACCUUCAGAGAAGAGUGACAUUCUUCCUGCUCUAGGAUUGAGUUAUCAUUAUCUUCCAGCUAAGUUAAAACGAUGCUUUAUUUAUUGUUCAAUUUUCCCAAAAGACUUUGAAUUCAAAGUAGAAGACGUUGUUUUUCUUUGGAUGGCGGAAGGUUUAAUUUCACAAGCGGAGAAUGGGGACAACAUGGAAGAGGUGGCUAAGGAAUAUUUUGAUGAACUGUUGUCUCGAUCAUUGUUUCAAAUGUCAAGGAAAUCAAGUUUCGUUAUGCAUGAUCUCAUCAAUGACUUGGCUGUGUUCAUGUCUAAAGGAUUUUGUUCCAGGUUGGAAGGUGGUAAGGAAUCAUGUGAUGUAGAACGAGUUCGCCAUUUGUCAUAUUCUAGGGGAAAAUUUGAUGUUGCUCUUAAAUUUGAGCCAUUAAAGGGGGCUAAGUGUUUGCGGACCUUCCUACCUACCUCUUUAAAUACUUAUGAAGAGCAUUAUUAUCUAGGUAAAAAGGUUGUACAAGAUUUGAUAUCGUCACACAGAUGUUUACAGGUGUUAUCAUUGUCACGUUAUAGUAAUGUCACUCAACUACCUGAUUCUAUUAAAAAUCUUAUUCACUUGCGCUAUUUGGAUCUCUCUAGAACUGCAAUUGAAAGGUUACCUGGUGUACUUUGCAGUUUGUACAAUUUGCAGACGUUACUAUUGUCAAAUUGUUCCUCUCUCAUUGAAUUACCUGCAGACUUGAGAAAAUUGAUAAAUUUACAGAAAUUAAUGCUGGGAGGUUGUGCGUCUCUUGCUAAAUUGCCUGUAGACCUGUGGGAAUUAAUUAGUUUGCGUCAUCUUGAUGUGAGUGGAACUAAAAUUGCAGAGAUGCCAGCACAAAUGAGUAGACUAAAAAGUUUGAGAACAUUGACUGCUUUUGUUGUGGGGAAAUCUAUUGGGUCGACCAUUGGGGAAUUGGGGGAGCUUCCACAUCUUCAAGGAAAACUUUCAAUUCUAAAACUGCAAAAUGUAGUUGAUGCUAAGGAUGCCGUGCAAGCCAAUUUGAAGAAUAAGAAUGAUUUGAAGGAGUUAGAGUUGGCAUGGGACGAUGAAGACUCAGAUGAUUCCGAAAAAGUGAGAGAUGUACUUGGCAAGCUCCAGCCUUCAAUUAGUUUGGAGAAACUAAUCAUCAAAUUUUACGGUGGAACUAACUUCCCGAAUUGGUUAGGAGACUCAUGCUUCUCUAACAUACAAGUUAUGCGUCUCAGUAAUUGUAAAUAUUGUUGGUCGCUGCCACCAGUUGGGGGGCUACCUGCUCUCAAAGAGCUCUAUAUAGAAAGGAUGGAAUUUGUUAAGACAAUUGGUGUUGAGUUCUAUGGCAGAAAUGGAGCGUAUCUAAUUCAGCCAUUUCAAUCACUGGAGAAACUGGAGUUUAAGGAGAUGGCAGAGUGGGAGGAAUGGAUACCAAGUGGAAGUGGAGGUCCAGACUUUCCUCGUCUCCAGGUGCUGAUCCUAAGUGUGUGUCCGAAGUUGAGAGGAAGCUUGCCUUGUGAUCUGCCUUGCUUGAAGAAACUUAGAGUGGGUUGGUGUGGGGUUUUGCAUGAUCAAGGGGCCACUGCUACUACUAGCAGUAGUACUAGUCUCAACUACAAUUCUCUUGAAGAAUUAGGAAUAGGUGAAUGCCAAACAGGUCUGUUAUCAUUACUAGAGACAAAGCUCCUCUCCCAACUUGCCAUUCAACAUUUUAAUGACAUACAGUGCUUGCCCAACAUCAAUCGUCUUCAAAGUUUGUCUCUCUGGAAUUGUCCAACGCUGUCGUCGUUCCCUGAAGAUGGCCUACCCACUUCGUUGACAUCACUUACAAUAGUCGAUUGUAGGAUAUUAGAAUUCCUACCUCAAGAGAUGUUGGCCAAAUUAACAUCACUCCACUUUUUGAUGAUAUAUAAUAGCUGUGAUUCAAUGAGGUCCUUCCCCUUGGGCAUUUUUCCCAAAUUGACGACACUUGAAAUUGGUUGCUGUGACAAUCUGGAAUCGCUUUGCUUGAUUGAAGAAGGAGCGGUUCUCAGUCAUCUAAAUAGCCUGGAGGUCUAUGAUUGUCCAAAUCUGGUGUGUUUUCCCCAGGGAGGAUUACCCACUCCCAACCUGACUCGAUUGAAAUUCGAUGGAUGCGCGAAGUUGAAGUCAUUACCUGAACAUAUUCACACCCUCACAGCCCUUGGAAAUUUGAAUAUAAGCAAUCUUCCAAAUCUAGAGUCAAUUGCAGAAGAUGGGGGUUUACCUCCCAACCUCCGAGAUUUUAACAUUAAUAAUUGUGAGAGACUGAGGGCUUCAUCUUCGUCAGUGGGAGACUACAGUAACUGGGGUUUGCAAGCACUUGUCUCCCUUGAAAAAUUUACAAUUCGUGGCAGGGGAAGUGAUGAAAUCUUAGAGACGUUGCUCAAGCAACAGCUUCUCCCUACCACUGUUCGCACUCUCCGCAUCGCGGAACUUUCAACUCUGAAAUCUUUGGAUGUAAAGGGACUUGCACGCCUUACUUUUCUUGAAACUCUAGAAAUUAUUAGGUGUAAAAGUCUGGAAUUCCUGCCAGGAGAGGUACUUAAACACCUCACUUCUCUUCAACGGCUAUACAUUUAUGGCUGUCCGAGUCUCCAAUUCGUGCCAGAAGAGGGUCUGCCGCCAUCUCUUUAUUAUCUGUACAUCUCCGAUUGUUCUGCCCUGGAGAAAAGGUAUCAGAAUAAGACGGGACAAGAUCAUUGGGCCAGUAUAUCUCACAUUCAAUGCAUCGAGAUAAAUGAUGAAGUCAUCAUAAGAGAAUAAAACAAACAAGGGGAAGUGAUGAUAUCUGGGAGAUGUUGUUCAAGCAACAGUUGCUCCCUUCCGCUCUUUACACUCUUCACAUCUAUAGACUAUCAAGUCUGAAAUCUUUGGACAGAAAGGGACUUAAAAACAUCAUUUCUCUUUCCUUUCUGAGUAUCUCCAAGUGUUUUUCCCGGUAGAAAAGGUAUAAGAAGAUGACAGGAAAAGAUUGGGCCAACAUAUCUCACAUUCCUUGCAUCAAGAUAGGCCACGAAGUGAUCAUAUGAGAUGAGCUCUCUCUCUCUCUCUCUCUCUCUCUCUCUCUCUCACACACAUUCCUGGAAGUCAUCAUAUGUCCCACAAAUCAUUCCUUCAGCUGCAAAGUUCCAUUUGAUGACACUUGAAAUGUUGUAUGUAUACUUGUAGACUCAUGUUUGGAGGUCAAAGAAACUUGUGUAGGCAACCAUGCAUGAUUUCAGAGUCGAAGCUGCUUCACUGGCCUUUCUGUGCUCGCUUCUGUAAAGGUAUAUCAGAUUAGUUUGUCAUCAAGAUUUAAUAUGGUUCACUUUUUUGUUGCUUUCCUAUUACCAUCAAUUUUCUUAUUCCAAAUUGGAUUGGUAGGAUCAAACCAAGCAGGUUCAUACAUUGAAUGUAUGACAUCAUCAGCGUUUCAGACAGAAAAUGGGCCUUGAAUUGUGUUCUGAGCCAGUGGAUUUUUCUAGAAUCUAAAGUGCAAUGGAAAAUUACUGAAGUGAUCUACACGAAGAGUAAACAUUUUUUCUGUUGGAUGCUGGAGGUGCCUCUUAUAAGUGGCUAAGUUGCAAUAUGUGGUGUCAUCAAAUGCUCUGCAAAAAGUUCAAGUUGAGACUGGAGCUGAACAAGGAUUAGGUCAGCUGUAUAUUUCGUGGAACAGACCCAGCAUGUUCAUACAUGGCUUGGCUCACUUCAUCAUCUUUUGAGACAGAAAAUCAGCCUUCAACCGUCUGCUGAUUCAAUAGACUUUUCUAUAUAUCUCAAGUGCAAUGGAAAAUUGCAGACUUACAUAAAGAUUCGCUAAGAUUUCUGUUUGAAAUUUUCUACCGGAGGCUGGAAAUGCUUCUUAUAAGUGGCUAAGUUGCAAAAAAUUGUAGGAUUGAAGGCUCUGCAGACUGCACAGAGCACUUCGACAUUUGGAGAUGACUGAACUUCCAAAUUUAGUGUCAUUUGCAGAAGGCGGUUGUCUCCCUUAAACACGACAAUUGGAGGCAGGGGAGGUGACGAUAUCUUGGAGACAUUGCUCAAGGAACAGCUGCUCCCUUCCACUCUUCACACUCUUCGCAUCUGGGGACUUUCAAGUCUGAAAUCUUUGGACGGAAAGGGACUUGGACACCUCACUUCUCUUUAAGAGCUAUAUAUAUUAGUGAGUGUGACAGUAUCCAAUUCACUUCUCUCCAACUGUUAUGGCCUGGAGAAGCGGUAUGAGAAUAAGAUGGGACGAGAUUGGGCCAACAUAUCCUUGGUGUGUCGUUUCCAGAGGAGGGUUUACCAUUGGGGUUUCAAUAAGGGAGCUUCUAUAAUGAGGGGCUAUGUUGAGGGAUUACAAUAAGGGGCUUCAAUCCAACAGUCCAAUAAUAAUUUUACACUGGAUCGAACAGCUAUUAAGGACCCACUCAUUAUAACCCCUUACAAAAACCCCUCAUUCUAGCCUGGCCUUUACCAUUGUACAUAGCCUUUUGUUUUUCUACAAAAACAAUUGACACAUUCCUACAUACAGGCACGGAGUGUACAACAUUUUUGGUCUAGCUUAUCCAGUAGAUAACUUGUCCCCUGUCUUGUGAAAUGUAAUGUUUUUUCUUUCCUAAUUACUUAAUCCAAAUUGGUCGAUGAUGGUUGAUGGAGUCUGGAGAGACAAAUCUACA